CAUUAUAUGAUAUUGUGUGACAAUGCAUCUUUGUUUAACUAGUUACGUUAUAGUUAAUCACAUGAUUGUAAUCGUAUAUAUAUACACAUGUACGCCAGAUAUAUAUCAGUUCGCGUACUGAUCAAUACAUGUAGUAUAGAGUCAAGAUAAAACAAAUAAAUCGAGACAUAACCAACCGAAGACUAUCACAGCAGAUACAGUAGAACCCUAAGACAACCUUGUGGAGAGAGGAAAACUGGAGAAAUUGGAGACUCCAUGAUUACUGAAAGAAGUAACAUGUAUCAUGUAUGUGGACAUGCUUUUUAGGAAUUUCUUGCUGAUUAUGGUCUGCUGUGGGUUGGGAACCAGAAUGCAGAGAAUGAAUACACACCAUUAGAAGAAGAGCUGGAAGCAGGUCAAAUUAAUGAAUUACAAACUUUAUCUGUUGGUGGAGGAAUGUGGACUCCUGGUGCUUCAGUACCAAGGGAAAAGUUCCAGAUGGACUUUGAUCUGUUGAUUCAAAACAUCAAAGAACUGAACAUCCUGUCAGGGGAGGGGUGUGCAGUUGUGUCCAAAACUAAGGAUGGUGCCAGACUUAAGGUCCCAGACUCCAUUCCAUUGACUCUAAUGUCAAAUGGGAUCAUCAUGUUUGCUGGCCCGUUCCGACCAUAUAGUGAUCCAACAACACAGCAAUGCAUGCAGGAUAUCAUGGAUGGCUAUUUUCCAUCAGAACUACAAUCCAGAUACCCAGAUGGUGUCCCUUUUAAUAUCGAUGACAAGAGAGAUGUUGUGUAUUCAGAUAAAAGAACAGAACUUCUUUUUCCUGGUGCUGGACAAAGUUUAACGAAUGAUGGGCAAGAUGUGAAGGUUACCAAGGAAAUACCAGGCCCCAAACAUUCCAUGGACAAUUUUCUAUCCAGACUACCUCAAUCUGUGAUCAAAGGUGGUAAAAUUAUUGAUGUUAGGGCUGGAGUAGAAGAAACUAUCAAGGGUACCAAUGGACUGCCAUCCAGUGUUGUUGUAGUGAACACACCAGCUCUAGAGGAUAUCAAAUCAAGAGCGGAAGAAAGCGACAAACAUCCCGACAGACCCAAAUCUGCUACUUCUAAAAUUGCCACAUUAAGAAUAAAAUCCGAGACAGGAGAAAAGACUUACAUCCUAAAGAUGAGCUUCAGCGAUACCAUAGCAGACCUUAGAAAACACCUCGACCUCGUCAGACCAAAUGAAGCCUCCAACUACCAAAUCAAAUCUUCGUUUCCAAACAAAGUCUACAGUAACCUUAACUCGACCUUACAGGAGUGUGGACUGGUACCUAAUGCUACUUUGCAUUUGCUGAAGAAAAAAUAGGAUUGGUCUACCUGUGGUAGAUGGAUUUGGUAGGUUCAGACUUAAGUCUUUUCUCAUAAAAAAAUGCUGUGACGAUUGGAGUAUGGGCUGGUGCCGAAGCCUCUGGAGAAAAACUUAAAAUGGUUUGUCUGUGGUAGGUUUCCUGGUGCCUUUGGUUGGUGCAAAAAAGGAAAAAUGUUUUUCAAAAAGAAAAAAACAUACGGGAGAUUCUGACUUUGUGGAGUGUGGACUGGCACCGAAGUCAGCGGAGAAAAUUAAGACUGGUUUAGCUGUGGUUGAAACUGACAUUUUGUCGACAAGGGAAAAUUUAAGCAUGGGAACAAAAUGUGGACAUAUUUCCAAAAUGGCGUCUUAUUCGUCCUUUAAAAUAGAACCCGCGCUCACAAUGUACUGUAAUGACAACUCGACUCAGUUUUUUCUUAACCUCAGAAUGGCUAAUAUGUACACUUGUGAACGUAGCGCGACCUAAGACAUACUAGAGACUUUAAGAGUUGCAAAAUCUACGACUGCGACGUCAACCGGAAGUGUAGAUAACUUCACUUUAGGGUCCGGGCGCCUCCAAAGUCUGUCUUUCUUUUGGAUGAGUUGACUUUACUGACAAUGUUUUAAAUGAAAUCUUCAAUGAACAGAACCCCAAAGAGAAGUUAUUUACACUUCCGGUUGACGUCGCCGUCGUAGAUUUUGCAAAUCUUAAAGUCUCUGCUGAAAUCAUACCUUGCAUCAACAGUAAAAACGCUGACGUCAUUCAUACCGRCACGUCUGUUUCUCGCAUGCGCAGAUGAUGAUUUUGCAUAAUUAAAGUCGGAGCUCCGUUUCGGUGAAACGCAUAAGUGUAGAUCUACCCAAAAAAUCAAGGUUUAUUUAUUGAAAUAAAUGGACUCUUGUUAGCGGAAA